UGAACCAAUCAGAAUCGCCAUGCGCAGACGCGCAGAAUUCGUCAUCUGAUGAGUAUGUUCUUCCGCGGAAUAAAUAAUGACUCUAAAGAAAGUGGUGUUCGUAACCAAUUUCACCAACUAUUUCCGGAAUGAGUCCAGUUUGAGCUGACGUUUGAUACUGUCUCUAAGGUGUGUUAAUUGGGAUUGUUGUUAACGUCACAUUUUCAAGAUUCAAAAAUCUUGACAUUCCAUGCGUGUAUCAUCGUUUCGUCAUAAAUGCAAUGUAACUGGAAUAUUGCAACAUUAAAAAAGAAGAUGAAAGGACAUUGAAGGAAAAACGCGUUUUUCCUCAAUCCAAAAAACGAACACGUAGGACACGUCAGUUACAAAAUCCAUGGGGUUAAUGCCUUAUCAUAAAGAUACCACUUAAAUACGGACAGGAGCAAUAUAUAUGAGUCACAGCUCAGUCGACCACUAACGAGAAAGCCGGCAUUGCGCGUCAUCUAGUGACGGCAAGUGUACAAGUGAGCCGCGUGACACGUAUAUAGUUCCAAUCAAAUUUUCCAAACAAUAAGAUAUCAGUUUGAAUAUUUCAAAUCACGUUAAGUGUCUUCCCAAACAAAAUGGGCCUAACAAUUAGUACCCUGCUCACUCGACUUUUUGGUAAAAAGCAAAUGAGGAUAUUAAUGGUGGGCUUGGAUGCUGCCGGCAAAACUACAAUAUUAUACAAAUUGAAGCUUGGCGAGAUUGUCACAACAAUACCUACCAUUGGAUUCAACGUUGAAACUGUUGAGUACAGGAAUAUAUGUUUCACGGUAUGGGACGUUGGUGGCCAAGACAAAAUCAGACCACUCUGGAGACAUUACUUUCAAAAUACGCAGGGCCUCAUUUACGUUGUUGACAGUAAUGAUCGUGAACGUAUCGCAGAGGCUGAACGUGAAUUAGCAAACAUGUUGAAGGAAGAUGAACUGCGAGAUGCAGUUCUCUUAGUUUUCGCUAACAAACAGGAUCUUCCGAACGCUAUGUCUGCGGCAGAACUUACAGAUAAAUUAGGACUUAAUUCGUUGCGGGGACGUCAUUGGUAUAUUCAAAGUACUUGUGCCACUCAAGGACAUGGAUUGUACGAAGGACUUGACUGGUUGAGUAAUGAACUUGCUAAAAAGUGAUAAAGCAUUGUCGUUAUUUAUAACCUUCAUGAACAGUUUCAUCAUUGAGCAUGGACGUAGAAGGCAGGUCGCAAUUUUCGUUUUAUCAGAUUAUGCACUAUGUGUACAUAUUUAAUACCACUGUGAUUGUAAUUUCUAAGAUAAAAAUUGCUUGAGAUAAUAGAAUAUAACGACCGAUUUAACAGAUAUGAUGCUUAUAUUGUUUUCAUUUUUAACGUGAAAUUUUCAAACAAGAAGAAAAAAUAUAAAUUAGAUGAGUGUGUAUAUUUACUAGUUCUGUAUUGUUUGUACAUGAUUUAUAAUUCCACUUGAGAAAGUUGUAAGUUCAAUUGGAAGUGUAUCUUGGAUUGAAAAUAAACAUGAAAUAUUUCUACAUUAAUUUUAA